CUUUUCCUGGCCCGUGUAGUCGGUCGCCGAAACAGAGUAGUGCUGAUGUAACACAUUGACACAUUGAGCGAGGAACGCAGCACCCGGCAUCAGUAAACCCUGAUCGCUCUUUUCCUACAUACUUGCUGAUUUAGUGAGUCUUCACGUCGUAAGAAGCAGGCUGUCGUGAUGGCGGAACUGCAAAGUCCAGAGGAGAAGUUCCAUCUUAUCACCCGGAAUCUUCAGGAGGUGCUGGGGGAGGACAAACUGAAGCAGAUCCUGCAGGAGAGGGAGCUGAAGGUGUACUGGGGGACAGCCACCACGGGGAAGCCCCAUGUCGCCUACUUCGUGCCCAUGUCCAAGAUUGCAGACUUCCUGAAGGCUGGCUGUGAGGUGACCAUCCUGUUUGCAGAUCUGCAUGCCUACUUGGACAACAUGAAGGCUCCCUGGGACCUGCUGGAGCUCCGGACUAAGUAUUACGAGCAGGUCAUCAAGGCCAUGCUGGAGAGCAUCGGCGUGCCCCUGGAGAAGCUGAAGUUCAUCAAGGGGACAGACUUCCAGCUCAGCAGGGAGUACACCCUGGACGUGUACCGACUGUCCUCAGUCGUCACUGAGCACGAUGCCAAGAAGGCUGGAGCUGAGGUGGUGAAACAAGUGGAGCACCCCCUGUUGAGCGGGCUGCUCUACCCAGGCCUGCAGGCUUUGGAUGAAGAGUACCUGAAGGUGGAUGCACAGUUUGGGGGAGUGGACCAGAGGAAGAUCUUCACGCUGGCUGAGAAGUAUCUUCCUUCUCUGGGGUACGCCAAAAGGAUUCACAUGAUGAACCCCAUGGUUCCUGGACUGACGGGCGGCAAGAUGAGCUCGUCUGAAGAGGAAUCCAAGAUUGACCUCCUGGACAAGAAGGAGGAUGUGAAGAAGAAGCUGAAGAAGGCCUUCUGUGAGCCAGGCAACAUCCAAAACAAUGGCGUCCUCUCAUUCGUCAAACAUGUGCUCUUCCCCCUGCACUCAGAGUUUGUCAUCAAAAGGGACGAGAAGUGGGGAGGCAAUAGAGUGUACACGGUGUACGAAGAGGUGGAGAAGGACUUUGCGGAGGAGCUCAUCCACCCGGGGGACUUGAAGGCUUCGGUGGAGGUGGCUCUCAACAAGCUCUUGGACCCCAUCAGGAAGAAGUUUGGAAGCCCCGAGCUGCAGAAGCUGACCAGCCACGCCUACCCAGAGCUGGCCAAAUGCAAGGGGGGUGCCAAAGGAAACCCCAAAAACUCUGAUGAAGAGGAGAUAACUCCUACUCGCCUGGACGUGAGGGUGGGGAAGAUCUUGAGCGUGGAGCAGCACCCUGAUGCCACCUCCCUGUACCUGGAGAAGGUGGACGUAGGUGAGGCAGAGCCCCGGACGGUGGUGAGCGGCCUAGUGGACUAUGUCAGCCAGGAGGACCUUCAGGACCGACUGGUGGUGCUGCUGUGUAACCUGAAGCCGCAGAAGAUGCGGGGCAUCGAGUCCCAAGCCAUGCUGCUCUGUGCUUCCAUCGACGGCAAUCCAAGGAAGGUGGAGCCACUGGACCCCCCCGCGGGCUCGGCGCCUGGAGACCGCGUCUUCGUGGAGGGGUUCGAGGCCGGCAUGCCGGACGACGAGCUGAAGCCAAAGAAGAAGGUUUUUGAGAAGCUGCAGGUGGACCUCAAGAUCUCCAGUGCUUGUGUGGCCCAGUGGAAAGAGAGGGACCUGAUGACCAAAUUGGGACCAGUCACCUGCAAAACACUCAAAGGAGGCAGCAUCAGCUAGAUACAACUCUGCUCCAUCAUCUCCAUGACGGGUAGCACAGGGAAAACAGGGAUUUUCUGUCCCUUUAUGUUAACAGAUAAUUGCCAAAUUAACUGUGACGGAUCCACGCUCCUCUCUAUCUCCUUUGCCUCGGCCUUGAGUUCAUUCGGGAAAAUAAAUGGCAGAAUUUUUUGAUGAUUAAAACACUUGAUCCUAAUGCCUGUCACUUAUCACUUUAGCUUCAACUUCCUUUUUUAUUUAAAUUUUUCGCUGCCACUGUAUCUGUGAUUUUUGGGCAUCCAAUCCCACGUGUAAAGACGACACAGUGCUCUGUCACAGGCCUGGGACAUUUCCUGAAUGUCUCUGCUGAAACUGUUUGCGUCGCUUCUGCGAAGGACAAGUCUGCCUCUACAUCAGUUGUAGUCACAUACCUCACGCUCAUGUCACGUGACAGGUCUGGCGUCUGCACAAACCGCUGCUGACACUGGUUAUUAAAUGUCCUUGUUUAGGGAUGUUCUCCAAGUGCGCAGUUUGAGUUGAGCUGCUAGCGUCUAUGAGAGGACGAAUUUGUGGCUUUUAGCGUGGGUGUUGGGGUGUUGACUGUCUAGCAUCCUGCCGACUGUAUUGUAAUUAUUGACAUCAGCGCUGGACAUUGUACUAUUACAAUAAAUGGCUGUCUCUCUG